AUGAGUAGCUUUGCCAGACGCAACGAGGGGAAUGAUGCAUACCUCAUGGGUCAUCAAAUCGCAGUCCCUGGAUCCUAUGGCCAGGAAGGUCAGGACUUCAAGCAAGAGAGUCAUGACUUCAAUGCACCGGGAUCCAACUCAUACCACUUUCCCCAGCAUUCUUUCAACCCAUACGGCUCUCAAUUUGGCCAGCCCUACGGUCCACACCCAGGUCUGACUCAUGGAUUGCAUCAAAUCCAAUACACCACAGAGCAUUCAAUUCCAUCUAUGACCACGCCAGACGAUCCUCGACUCCAUUCCCCGCAGUAUGUGACUCAAUCACGAUACCUCCAGGCCUCUAGAUAUCUGCCACGCGAUCCACUGGGGGACACCGAGAUCGAAAGUCAAGAAUCCCGUAACGAAGCUACAUUACUGUCUGAAGCGGUAGUGCCUCCUCUCAGUGGCUUCCCGGAUGUGAAGGAGUUUGAUCAACUAAUGCAAAAUUAUGUGGACGAACUCUCCGUCAAAAAGCAAGAUAAAGCCUUGAUCUAUGCUAAAAGAGCCCGCAAUAUCCGGACCGUCCUGAUCGACCCCAAGGACACUGCGGUCGAGUCGGCUCAAUUUCGGUAUGAGGCCUUACGGGUCCGUUGGAGUCUUUUGCUAAAUCACUCAGGUUCUGGGUCAAGAAAAUGUUCAAAUUACAAGCAGUGGGCAUUGGUGCAUCAGAUAAAGAUGAUCUGUCAUGAGGGCAAACCAGUUGCAAUUCGGGAGAAACUGUUCAAGAUUCUCACCAAAGCCCAUCAACAAUGUCAGCAUGGUGGCAGAGACAAGACUUCCGCUCAGGUCCGAAGAAUCUAUUCAUGGGUUCCCAAGGAGCUGAUCUCUCGCUUUGUCAAGAUCUGUCCAACUUGCCAGGUACGACGUGGAGGCUCGCGUUUGACGCCGCCCAACUCACGAAAAAGCUCACCCAGACUUGACAUGGUCCCUCGAUCUCCCAAGCUUCCCUCACCUCCCAUUUCGCGGCGAGAGUCCACCUUCAGCGGCCAGAUGCCGCUGGAUCGGACAGCGGACUUCUUCAGUCAUAUCCACGGCCAUAAUGGCUGGAUGGACAGUCAUCCAGGCAUCCAAGGUCGCUCAGCUCUUGGCAAUGGUCGAUCCUACCAGGGCUCGAUGGGCAGUCUCUCCCACUCCAUCGCGAGCACAUUGGACCCUUUCGCCGCCGAUCUAUCCAUUCCUCCAUCGCAGUUGAGCUACAACGGCUAUGUUCCCCAUACUCCAUCCCAGAGAGACUAUUGA